AUGGCAACCGACGUCGUGCUCGAAACCACGAUGGGUGCGAUCACAGUUGAACUUUACAAUGACCACGCUCCCAGGACAUGCAAGAACUUCUCGACCCUGGCUCAGCGCGGCUACUACAACAAUGUCAUCUUCCAUCGCAUCAUUCCCGACUUCAUGAUACAAGGAGGAGAUCCCUCUGGCACCGGCCGUGGCGGCGCAAGCAUCUACGGAGACAAGUUUGCCGAUGAAAUCAGCCCUUCCCUGAAGCACACUGGUGCCGGGAUCCUGAGCAUGGCCAACAGCGGAAAGGACACGAAUGGAAGCCAGUUCUUCAUCACGUUGGCGCCGACGCCGUGGCUUGACGGGAAACACACAAUUUUCGGGAGAGUCAAGAGUGGAAUGAAGGUCGUGCAGAGAAUGGGACUGGUAAAGACAAAUGCCGAGGACAGGCCCCUGGAAGAAGUCAAGAUAGUCCGGGCCAGGGUGGUCGAGGGUACCGAGGGUGAAUAG